GUCCGCGCUCUCUAAAGCUAUGUCGUCAUCACGUCGGUGGCGUGGUUGACGGUCACAGUUGGGCAACAUGGCGGCAUACAGACUCUCUCCAUCACUGCACAGGCUGCUGUUCGCUGGAAAGUAUGCCGCAUUCCAGUCAAGAUGCUGUAUGCUGCACUGCAAAACUCAGUAUUCCACCGUUUACAACCCUGAUGAAAAGACCUUUGAUAAGAUCCUUAUCGCCAAUAGAGGAGAGAUUGCUUGCAGGGUGAUCAAGACUUGUAAGAAAAUGGGCAUCAAGUCUGUAGCUGUCCACAGCGAUGUAGACUCCAGUGCUGUUCAUGUAAAGAUGGCAGAUGAAGCGGUGUGUGUCGGCCCCGCCCCCACCAGUAAGAGCUACCUAAACAUGGACGCCAUCAUGGAUGCCAUCAGAUCCACUGGAGCUCAAGCUGUUCAUCCUGGUUAUGGGUUUCUGUCUGAAAACAAAGAGUUUGCAAAGCGCCUGGCGGCAGAGGGCGUGACAUUCAUCGGCCCAGACACCCAUGCUAUCAUGGCAAUGGGGGAUAAAAUUGAGAGCAAGCUGAUCGCUAAAGCUGCUAAGGUCAACACUAUCCCGGGAUUUGAUGGAGUGGUCAAGACUGCUGAGGAUGCUGUGAAGAUCGCACAAGAAAUUGGCUACCCAGUGAUGAUCAAAGCAUCUGCAGGAGGAGGAGGGAAAGGAAUGAGGAUUGCUUGGAAUGACGAGGAGACGAGGGAAGGUUUCCGAUUCUCAUCCCAAGAAGCGGCGUCCAGUUUUGGAGACGACAGACUGCUCAUUGAGAAGUUCAUAGACAACCCCAGACAUAUAGAGAUACAGGUGCUGGCUGAUAAACAUGGUAAUGCUCUGUGGCUGAAUGAGAGGGAGUGCUCCAUCCAGAGGAGGAACCAGAAGGUUGUGGAAGAGGCUCCGAGUACUUUCCUCGACUCAGUGACACGGCGGGCGAUGGGUGAGCAGGCCGUGCAGCUGGCCAAGGCCGUCCAGUACUCAUCUGCUGGCACAGUGGAGUUCCUGGUGGAUUCUAAGAAGAACUUCUUCUUCCUGGAGAUGAACACACGUCUACAGGUGGAACAUCCAAUCACAGAGUGUAUUACUGGCCUGGACCUGGUGGAGCAGAUGAUCAGGGUCGCGAAGGGUUACAAACUGCUGCACAAACAAGAAGAUAUCCCAAUAAACGGCUGGGCCAUCGAGAGCCGAGUCUAUGCUGAGGAUCCUUACAAGUCUUUUGGACUUCCCUCCAUUGGACGGCUGUCUCAAUACCAAGAGCCUCUCAACCUCAGCAAUGUCCGUGUAGAUAGCGGCAUCCAGGAGGGAAGUGACAUCAGCAUUUACUAUGACCCCAUGAUCUCUAAGUUGGUUACCUACGGAGCUACACGUGCUGAAGCCCUGUCCAGGAUGGAGGACGCUCUGGAUAAUUAUGUCAUCAGAGGUGUGACCCACAACAUCCCCCUCCUGAGGGAGAUCAUCACCCACCCACGCUUUAUUUCUGGCGAUAUCAGCACCAACUUCCUGCCAGAGGUUUACCCCGAUGGCUUCAAGGGGCACCAGCUGGAAGUGGGAAACCGCAGGGAGCUGUUGGCCUCUGCAGCAGCACUCUACAUUACUGCUCAGCUCCGUUCACAGAAGGUCUUGGGUAACCUGAGGGUGUCCUCAACCCCUGUAGAAUGUACACACUGGGAGCUGUGUGCAGAGCUUGGCGAAGGAUUAUAUUCCAUGGAGGUUACCAAAUCAGGAAAUGUUUAUAUUGUGGAGGUGGAUGGAGGAAAGGUGGAAGUCAGUGGGCAGUGGAACUUGGCCUCCACACUGCUGCCACUUACCAUCAAUGGCACAGACAGGAUGCUACAGUGUCUGUCCAGAGAUGCUUCAGGACAGAUUGUUCUGCAGUACCUGGGCACAUCAUUUAAGGUCCGCGUUCUGUCCAAGUUGGCAGCAGAGUUGAACUCCUACAUGCCGGAGAAAGUUGCAGAAGACACCAGCAGCAUCUUGCGUUCACCAAUGCCAGGCUCAGUUGUGGCUGUGUCUGUCAAGCCCGGAGAUACGGUUGCAGAGGGUCAGGAGAUAUGUGUAAUUGAAGCUAUGAAGAUGCAGAACAGUUUGACUGCUGCCAAGCAAGCAAAGGUUAAGAAAGUCCACUGUAAACCAGGGGAGACGGUGGGAGAAGGAGACCUGCUGGUGGAGCUUGAAUAACACCACCUUUGUCCUUUUUGAUGUAUGACAUCAGCACCAGGAUGAGCCUUACUCCUUUCUGCCAGUGUGGAUGUUCCUCUGUGGACACAAACAGACUGGACGUUAAUGGAUACUAGAUUUUUCUUGCCUAUACAGUGGCCCCCAGUGGAGUUUAGUUUCCCUGAUGGUGACUCAGAGCUGAGUUGUAUCAGCUGUGUUUGUGUCUUUUCCACAUUUCAAACUCCUUUACUGUAUGUUGGUGGGUUGGAUGAAACUGUCUUGAAAAAACAUUUGUGUUUUGCUUCUGCUUUUUGUAUUUUCUAGACCCGAUUUUUAGUUUUUGUUCACCUACAAACAAUUUAUUUUCUCACUUUGCCUCUAUGCUGUCUGACCUUGCAGCGAGUUUUGGUUAAUGUGUGAAGGUUCUGAGACGUCUACAUAAGGAAAUGUCUGCCAUUUUCCCAUGAUUUAAGCACCAAAAAGUGGUAGUAAUGUCAGACUGUAAUCAAAAUUUAAGGACUGUAACAACCAUCAUUAACAAAUGGUAAAUAUGUACAGUUUAUUACACUUUAGUUAAUAAUUAUUUCACUGUUGACAAUGAAAUGCUUUAUAAACCACUUGUUAAACAAUUGUAAAUGUUUAUAAACAUCAGUUGCAAAUUUAUAAUGGCCAUCCGAAUAAUGUUUAUAGCCGAGCUAAACAGUAUUUAUUAACCAUUUACAAAGUAUCAUAAAAAUCAUUUGCAACUAUGCAAUAAACAAUUGUUUGAUAAAUGGUUGAUGAAACAUUUUAUUGUUUGUUAACAAUGAUUUAACUAUAAUUGGUAUAGUUAAUAUACUAUAGUUUAAUUAACUAUAAAUUCACCAUUUAUUAUUAUGAUACAAAGUGUUACAGUACCAAAUGUGUGUUGAUAACACUGGAGGUAAAUAGGGAAACAUAGGAAUAUAGUUGUAAAUUUGUCGAAAUGAGACCCUACAAGACACUACACAAACAAUAAAGUGCUCAUUCUUUUCUACAAACAGUA